UAGCUUCCACUUCAAAUGGAUAUUCUCGCGUCAAAUCUUGAUGUUACCGAUUGUUCUCGACCGUCGAUCUCACUGAAACAGAUGGCUGUCCAUCCAAUCUUACGUCGUUCUUGCUGCAGGGAAUGGCGCCCGGACCCAUCCAAUAAAACGCGUCCACGUGUCUAGAGAGAUAAAGAUCGGCGUCGCGAAGAUAGAGAGAGAGAGAGAGAGAGGCCCGUCCUCCGUCCCCUCUUCGGUGGAAUAGCCCGGCUCAGCUUCGUUCUCACGAUCAUCCAUUUUCACAGAAAAAGAGAGAGAGACAUACAUAGGCAGAGAGAGAGAGAGAGAGAGUGUGAGAGAGAGAGGCUUCUGGAGGGAGGUAUGGAGAAAAGGCAGGAGGAGAGGGUGGGGGAGGAGGAGGAGGAGGAGGUGGGGGUGGCAGGGUCGAGCUUGACGAUGGAGAGGGUGGCGGCAGCCAAGCAGUACAUAGAGAAUCAUUACAAAGCCCAGAGGAAGAACAUCCAAGAACGCAAGGAUAGGCGCUCGGUACUAGAAAGGAGGUUAGCAUCUUCAGACGCAUCAGAGGAGGAACAACUUAAUCUAAUGAAGGAUUUGGAGCGAAAAGAGACAGAGUUUAUGCGACUUAAAAGGCACAAGAUAUGUGUUGAUGAUUUUGAGCUUCUAACCAUUAUUGGGAGAGGAGCUUUUGGAGAGGUUAGAUUGUGUCAGGAGAAGAAAUCUGGCAAUAUUUAUGCCAUGAAAAAGUUGAAGAAGUCAGAAAUGCUUAGCAGGGGACAGGUUGAACACGUUAGAGCUGAAAGGAAUUUGCUGGCAGAAGUUGCGAGCCACUGUAUCGUGAAACUCUUCUAUUCCUUUCAGGAUGCCGAGUACUUAUAUCUUAUUAUGGAAUAUCUGCCCGGUGGUGACAUGAUGACUUUACUGAUGAGAGAAGAGACUUUGACUGAAACUGUGGCUAGAUUUUACAUUGCCCAAAGUGUCUUGGCCAUAGAGUCCAUUCAUAAACAUCAUUACAUUCACAGAGAUAUUAAACCUGACAAUCUUUUGUUGGACCAAAAUGGCCACAUGAAGCUAUCUGAUUUUGGUCUUUGCAAGCCCCUCGACUGUACAUAUUUAUCUGCUAUACAUGAAAAUGAAGAUAUGGAUGAUGUAAAUCUAAAGGAAUCAAUGGAUAUUGAUGGAUGCUUCCCUGAUUCUGGCAAUGGGACCAGAUGGAAAAGUCCCCUUGAACAACUUCAGCAUUGGCAGAUAAACCGGAGGAAAUUGGCAUUUUCCACAGUGGGGACACCAGAUUAUAUUGCUCCAGAAGUAUUGCUGAAAAAAGGCUAUGGCAUGGAGUGUGAUUGGUGGUCACUGGGUGCAAUAAUGUAUGAAAUGCUUGUUGGUUAUCCCCCAUUCUAUUCUGACGAUCCAAUUACAACAUGCAAAAAGAUUGUACAUUGGAGAAAUCACUUAAAAUUUACUGAGGAGGCAAGGUUGACGCCUGAAGCAAAGGAUUUGAUCUGUAGGUUGCUUUGUGAUGUUGAACAUAGGCUAGGUACUAGAGGUGCUGAUCAAAUAAAGGCUCAUCCUUGGUUCAAAGAUAUUGUUUGGGACAAGCUCUAUGAAAUGGAGGCAGCAUUCAAACCAGAGGUCAACGGUGAACUUGAUACUCAAAAUUUUAUGAAAUUUGAUGAGGUGGAUGCUCCAAGACCAGCAAGAACUGGAUCUGGACCUUCAAGAAAGAUGAUGUUAACUCCCAAAGAUUUGAGUUUUGUUGGCUAUACAUACAAAAACUUUGAGGCUGUUAAAGGGUUGUAUCAUUCUUUUGAUCAAAGGGGUAGCACAUCGCCAAAACCAUCGCCUGCUGAUUAUAUGAGUGAUUCUGGAGUCGAUUACUCUGCUACGUACAUGACCAAAGACGCAGGAAAACAAGUGCUUGGUUCAUCCGGGGAUACCAUGUCGCAGUGAAAGUGACCCGGACCCUAGUUACCCUGUAAAAUGCCUUGUAUAAAAUUGGGUAUGCCUGCUUAUUUUAGACAGGUCUUGCCCUUAUUUGCAUUUCCCCAUGAAGAUGACUGCAUGUAUUCUGCAGAAUCUCAGGUGUACGGUGAUGUUGGGAGGUACUUGAGGAGCGAUGUUUGGUAGGGAUGGUGGUAGAUAUGAUUACAAGGUUUUGUCUUAGUUUUGAGCCUGAGACCAUUUCCCAAGUCCUGACUGCCCAGGUUGGCUGAGUUGAGCUAAACAUGCCUUCUCUUGUGGCAGUUUCUGGCCUUUUUGUUUCCUUUUAUUUUUGUUUUCUUGUUCAAAUUCCCCCUUUUUCUAUUUUCAUGACAAUCAUCAAAAUUGAAACUGCUCUGUAUUGUUGUAUUAAAUGAAGAAAUAAUUAAUAUUGUAUGGAAGCCAUGGGGCGCCAGGGAGGAAAACAGGAAAGAAGGGCUUCUUUCAUUCCGAGAUAUGAGCAAAUGCUUGAUGCGGGAAACCAUUUAUAUAAUCAUCAAUCACCAGAAUGUUCUUC